GUGGGAGUGUUUGAGGGGCGCGAGCCUGCGCGAGACUUCACAACACAACUCUCAUCAUGAAACUAUCUAAAAUGAGGAGAACAUCACACUGUGAAGACCUAAAUCUUUGUUUCGUGUGUUAAAAACCAAAACAUCACACUGAAUAAAAGGCAAAAGUCCCAGAAAAGACAGUAAAGGUGUAUUUGUGAGUUUCAGGAGGGGAAACCCUCCUGAAUAUUGCCUGCUUUUAUUGUCAGCUUCACAAGGUUGACAAUGAUGGCAACCCAGGGUGGAGGCAAGGAGCCUGAUCCCUUUUCAAUGGUGCCCCGCAUAACCAGAGCAGACGGGGACACCCACAUACCAGCCUGUCAUGGUCAAGGGAUACAGAUCUCAGACCUGGGAUCAGCUUUAUCCAUCCACACCACAGUUUUACCACCUAAACAGCCUCCCACAGUCACGUAUUCCAUCUUUGGCAAGGAUCCGAGACCCGGAACAGUCAUGUUUGCCUCAAAGGGAGCUGGUGUUAGUGCUGGACAUGUCAUUUUGGGAUCUUUUUCAGGAGUUGGCAGAGGGAUGUCAGAUCCUCAACAUGAAGGUGCUGUUGGAUGGGUACCGUCCGCAUCCUUGAGUCCUGAAAUGUGCCUGGCAGCACCUUCAUUCCGUCCGCUGAGCAUCGUUGAAGAAGGGGAUACUCUGGAUGUGCAGGAGAUUGGAGAGGAUGAGGAAAUUGUCUUAACCCUCACCGCGCCGCCUCCCAAUCAGUGGUAUCAUGGGAAGCUGGACCGGAUGAUCGCAGAGGAGCGUUUGCUUCAGGUUCGAGCGGCCGGCAGCUACCUCAUCCGAGAGAGCGACCGGAGACCCGGAUCAUUUGUGCUGUCAUUCCUCAGUAUGACCAACACAGUCAGUCAUUUCAGGAUCAUCGCAAUGUGUGGAGAUUAUUAUAUCGGAGGCCGUCGUUUCUCCUCUCUGUCGGAUCUGAUUGGUUAUUACAGCUACGUGUCCUGCCUGCUGAAAGGAGAGAAGCUGAUAUCACCUGUCGCCCCUCCAGAGCCUGUUGAAGACCGCAGGAGGGUGCGAGCCAUUCUCCCGUACACCAAAGUGCCUGAAACUGAUGAGAUCAGUUUCUUCAAAGGCGACACAUUUAUAGUUCAUAAUGAACUGGAGGACGGCUGGCUGUGGGUGACCAAUGUCCGGACAGAUGAGCAGGGUCUCAUAGUGGAGGAUCUGGUGAAGGAGGUGGGGCGUGAAGAAGAUCCACAUGAGGGGAAAGCCUGGUUUCAUGGCAAGAUCAGCAAGCAAGAGGCUUACAACCUGCUGAUGACAGUCGGGCAGGUGGGCAGUUUUUUGGUGCGGCCGUCGGACAGCACACCUGGAGAUUAUUCACUGUACUUCCGCACCACCGAGACCAUCCAGCGCUUCAAAAUCAGCCCCACACCCAGCAACCAGUUCAUGAUGGGCGGACGCUACUACAACAGUAUUGAUGACAUCAUUGAACACUACAGGAGGGAGCAGAUCGUCGAGGGCCACAGUCUUAAAGAUGCUCUAUCUGUGCAGCACCAGGAGCAGGUGCUCACUGACAUCGUUGAAGGAAAAGAAAUCUACAACACCAUCCGCCGAAAAACCAAAGAUGCUUUCUAUAAGAACAUUGUGAAGAAAGGUUACAUCCUGUUCAAUAAAGGAAAAGGAAAAAGAUGGAAAAAUCUGUAUUUUAUCCUGGAGGGAAACGAUUCGCAGCUCAUCUACUUUGAGAGUGAGAAACGAGCCACGAAACCAAAGGGUUUGAUCGACCUGAGUGUGUGUUCUGUGUACGAGGUCCAUGACAGCAUGUUUGGCAGGCCAAACUGUUUCCAGAUAGUUGUGCAGCACUUUAGCGAGGAGCAGUGUAUUUUUUAUUUUGCAGGAGAGACGCCGGAACAAGCUGAGGACUGGAUGAAAUGUCUGCAAACCUUCUGUAAUAACCUUAGGAAGCCCGUCCAGCCAUGUUCAAACAAACGCCUGCGUCAGGUCAGCAGUUUAUUUCUGAACGUCGAAGAGGCUCACAAACUUCCCAGUAAACACUUCACAAACGCCUACUGCAACAUUUACCUAAACAGCAUUCAGGUGGCAAAAACCCACCCGCGGGAAGGCCAGAACCCCGUGUGGACGGAGGAGUUCAUUUUCGAUGACCUGUCCAGCGAGAUCAACAGGUUUGAGAUCAGCCUGAGCAACAAGACCAAGAAAAGCAAAGAGAAUGAUAUUUUGUUCAUGUGCUGCCCGCUGUGUCGUCUUCAGAGGGGUCAAAUCAUCGACGAGUGGUUUCCUCUGAGUUCCCACGUGCCCCUGAAGAACGUGAUGCCCAGUUCACUGCGGCUGAGGGUUCGAUACUCUGUCGAGAAGAUCAUGCCUGUCGAGGUGUACAGUGAGCUAAAAGAGCUGGUGGUGCUGAGGGAUCUGCAUGUGGUCAGUGCUCUGGCUCAUGUGUGUGGACAGAAGCGCACUCUUCUGGCCAGCGUUCUGCUCCGCAUCUUCAGACACCAGAACCAGGAGGCGCAGCUGCUCCGAGAACUCAACGACCGCGAGAUCUGUGCUGAAGAUGAAGCCACGACUCUGUUUCGCGCCACGACGCUGGCCAGCACUCUGAUGGAGCAGUACAUGAAGGCCACGGCCACACCGUUCGUCCACCACGCGCUCAAAGACUCCAUCCUGAAGAUCAUGGACUCCAGGCAGUCCUGUGAGCUGAAUCCCUCAAAGCUGGAGAAGAACGAGGAUGUGAAUGUGAAUCUGGCUCAUCUGCUGAGCAUCGUGUCGGAGCUGCUGGAGAAAAUAUUCAUGGCUGCGGAAAUCCUCCCUCCGACUCUCAGGUUCAUUUACGGGUGUUUACAAAAAGCUGUGGAGCAAAAAUGGCCCAGAAACACCACCAUGAGGACUAGAGUUGUAAGUGGAUUUGUCUUUCUCAGAUUGAUCUGUCCUGCAAUUGUCAACCCAAGAAUAUUUAACAUCAUUGCUGAUCCUCCGUCUCCUGUCGCUUCACGGACUCUCACUUUAGUGGCCAAAGCGGUGCAGAAUCUGGCCAACCUGGUGGAGUUUGGUGCCAAAGAGCCGUACAUGGAGGGAGUGAAUCCAUUCAUCAAGAGCAACAAACACAGAAUGAUCCUGUUUCUGGACGAGCUCGGGAAGGUGUCUGAGCUGCCAGAGCCCACAGAGCACUUUAACACAGAUGUGGCUCGAGAUCUGGCUGCUCUGCAUCAGCUCUGCGUCACACAUCUGGAUGAGCUGCGGACGCUGAGCAACGACAGAGGAGCACAGCAGCACGUGUUAAAGAAGCUGCUGGCGGUCUCUGAGCUCCUUCAGCAGACUCAGGGUCAGUACAGCGGGAGCAGCGGCGGACGCUAGAAUUACUGUACACUGAUGACCAAUACUGGAGGAUCUGAGUCGUCGGAUUCAUUGCUCUCAUCUGACUUAUUUGAUUCACUUGAUUCCUUUGAUUCAUCUCUUUCAUGUGAUUCAUUUGAUUAAUCAGAUUCAUCUGACUCACUUGAUUCAUCUGAUUAGUUGGAUUCAUCUGACUCAAUUGAUAAAUUGAAUUCAUCAAAUUUAUUUGAUUAAUCUGAAAUCUCUCAUCUACUGAAACGGAAAAAAUGUUGAGGUAAAAAAAGUCACAAUUAACUUUAUUUUUCCAUUAGAGGAAACAAAUAUCCAUAACUGGAGUUUUGCAUCAAACACUGACACAGUUUCCUCUAAAAUCAAACACAUUUUCUGAAUCCUCUGACUGCUGUGAUACUCAAUAAAAACAUUUCAACUUACAGAAAACAUGCUUGAACAGACCAAAUCAUUUAAUUCACUUGAUUCAUCUGAUUAAUUGGAUUUAUCUUGUUCAUCUGAUUCAUUUGAAUAAUUGGAUUCAACAGAUUCACUUGAUUCAUCUGAUUUGUUGGAUUCAUUGGAUUCAAUUGAUUUAUCUCUUUGAUCUGAUUAAUCUGACUAAUCGUAUUCAUGUGAUUCACUUGAUUCAUCUGAUUCUCCUGGUUAAUUGGAUUCAUUUCAGUCAUUCGAUUAAUUUGAUUUAGCAAAUUCAUUGGAUUAACCUGAUUCAUCUCUUUCAUCUGAAUAAUCGGAUUCAUGUGAUUUAUUUAAUUCACCUGGUUAUUUGGAUUCAUCUCAUUAUCUGAUUAAUCUUUUAUCUGACUCAUUUGAUAAAUCGAAUUCAUCCGUUUUAUUUCAUUCAAACAUUUCAACGAACAGAAAACUUGCUUGAAAAGACCAAAUAAUUUCACUGAUUUGAUUCACCUGAUUCUUCUGAUUUAUUUGAUUAAUCGUAUUCAUCUUAUUCAUGUGAUUCAUCUGGGUAAUGGAUUCAUCUGAUUCAUUUGACUUAUUCGAUUAUUCAGAUUCAUCUGAUUCACUUGAUUCAUCUUUCAUCUGACUCAUUUGAUACAUUGAAUUCAUCAGAUUUAUUUGAUUCAUCUGAUUCAUUUGAAAUCGCUCGUCUACAGUAGCUUGAAAAAAAAAUAAUCAGAAUGAGGUUAAAGUCACAAUCACCCUAUUUUUCCACCAGAGGAAGCAAAUAUCCAUAACUAGAGUUUUGCAUCCUGCAGUAUCAACACUAACAAGUUAAUACACAUUUCAACGUACAGAAAACAUGCUUGAACAGACCAAAUAUGCUUUAUAAACUUAUAUAUUUCUGGUGUUUGUUUUUUUUAGAUGUCGUGUUUGAGGAGAAAACAAGCUUUAAAUCUGAUUUGAUAUAUAUUAUAUGUCUGAUAGAGGAACUACAGGUGCAGAAGAAGCGCUUUUGUAUUAAAACUGUUAUGUUGGAAUGGCAGAACUGAGAAUAAUGCAAUAUUUUCUGACAUGAUUCCCUGACAAUAUGCAUAAAGAUGUGGAUGAGAUGACACUAUCAGGUAUGCAUGCACAUUUAAUGCUCGUGUACAAAUACAGUGAUUACGUUUUCUAACAUAUGCAAAUAAAUCAAAGGAAUUUUGUUUGUUUG